AUGGACGAGAAUGGCGAAUUUAUUCUGAACUGCGACUGCCUCUUGGAGAUAAUGAAUUACAUAAAAUCUGAUUGCGAGUUGAAAGACCAAUGUGACAAAAAGUCAAAGUAUAAUGAUUUAAUAAACUUUGUGUUGGCUCAUGAACUUUUCUUGGAACUGCUUGAGACUUGUUUCAAAAGUUUGUACGAGGAUCUUGAUUUGGUUCUGACGUGCAGGAUAACAAAGCUACUGAUUGAUUUACAAGUCAAUGAGUUAUCAAACAGAAAUUAUGAUUUCUGGGUAUCUUUCCUACAAUCUAUCAGAGAAAAAAAUCCUUUCUUUGUUACCCUAAAAUUCGAAGAGAAUCAUGCCUGCGUUUUCAUUGACAAAAGAAGCAACCCAAACUCGAGGGUCAUUGAGAAGGUAAAGUUAAAUGCUAAUGUUACGGCAGAAGCGUUAGCAAACAUCUGCACCUUGAUGCCAAAUUUGUUUUACUUGGACUUUAAAGGCACUGAAAUCCAUGGAAGUCUUUCCGAUAUUAAACUCCAUUGCGAAAAUCUUAAUUACCUGAGAAUUCAGCUAAACCCGGGUGGUGGUGCUGCCCAAUAUGCAUCGGUGGUAUUGCUGCCCAAUUUACAAAAAUUUGUUAUUUCUGGAGUCCAAGAAAGCGAAUCACCAUUAAUAUUUUUCAAUGAUUUAAGAAAGUUGCACAGACCUAGAAGUCUACCACCUUUGACAUUGACCAUCGAAGAUGGUUUAAGCGAUAAAACCCGGACCAUAAACAAACAUACCUUUAAGUGA